CUUUCAGAAAGUAGAUCAUGACUUUCAAUAGAAUUUCGUGGGAAUUCGUUGUGAAGAAAAGCGAACAAUAAUUGAAUAAAUAUAUUGGUUUUAAAAAUGACUACUGACGAGAUAAUACUGGAAAUGUGUUGCAAGUUGGCCGAAGAGUGGAAAUUGGAAGCAAUUAUCCAACAGACCCCUAUAAAAGUAUUCCUGGCAAUGUUGACUGUUUCGAUACUUAUAUGUAACAUAACUGGAAGGCUGGAAGUGCGUGACAUAUCUGCAGCUGUAAUCUUGUCUCUACAAGUAGCAUUCAUGGUCAGUAAUAGAUUCAAGCGCGUCGACAACAUCAUCAGUAGAGUUUUAUCAGAAGAAAAAAGGAGAAGAUUGGCCAGUAAAAUCCUUUCCAUAAUCUUGAAGCAUGUACCUAAUUUUCAACCCAUCGAUGUAGAUUCUGCAAUGGAUUUGCUCACACCGGAAUGUAAAAAUGCCAUGAUGAGAGGAGUAAUGGAGUUUUUGAGAAGACUACCAAACUAUAAUGAUUUUACGGCGCUUGCAUCGAAUAUAUUUCCAUAAAUUCUCGAAUUAUCGGUAUUCAAUCAUUUUUAUUUACAUGUAGACUUCAAUUGGGGUUACUAGACCAGUCAACAAAAUUCUGAAACCCAAUACAUAAUUUUUCUUUAAUCAGAAAAAAUCAAUGGGAUUGAGUUCUGUAUUUACUGGCGUUGAAUGAAAUAUUGAAAGGAUACCUUGAAAUUUUUUCAAUUUUUUUUUUCUGAAACUAAAAUCAAACAGGUUUCAAUGAAGGCCAAUUUCAAACGUACCUACACUUAAAAUAUCGGACAACUAGUCUAGUACAUUCCAUUUUGUUCCCAAAAUCGAAUACGUGUAUGUGUUGUUUUGUGAAAAUGUUUAUA